AUGAAUCCAACACCACCAGAAUACCUCCCCUGGACAGCCAGCGACUUCGACUUCCUCGCCCCCCACCUCCCUCCUCCCCCGCCCCUAUCCCCCUCCACCACCCCCACCAAACCCCACCUAACCCUCACCUACGCCACCUCCCUCGACAGCAUGCUCGCCGCCCGCCCCGGCGUCCGCACCACCCUCUCCGGCCCCGCCACAAAAACAAUGACCCACUACCUCCGCAGCAAGCACUCCGCAAUCCUAAUCGGCGCCGGCACCGCCCUCGCCGACGACCCCGGGCUUAACUGCCGCCUCGCCGGCGCGGCAGACGGCGACGACCCGCUGCGCUGGCAGCCGCGGCCUGUGAUACUUGAUCCGCGCGGGCGGUGGGAUGUGGAGGGGAGUAAAGUGCUCCAGCUUGCGCAAGAGGGGCGGGCGCGGGCGCCGUGGGUGGUUACUGAUUUGGCGUUUGUGGAUGACGCGAAAGCGGAGGCGUUGGAGGCGGUGGGGGGUGCGGUUAUUGCUUUGGCGACGGAGGAGGAGGGAGGGGAGGGAGGGGGGUUAAGGUUUGGGUGGGGGGAUUUGUUGGGGGUGUUGGCGAGUAGGGGGGUGGGGAGUGUGAUGGUUGAGGGGGGGGCGGGGGUGAUUAAUGGGUUGUUGGAGGAGAGGGGGGAGGGGUGGGUAGAUGCGGUUGUGGUUACGGUUGCGCCAAGGUGGUUGGGGAAGGGGGGGGUGGCGGUUGCGCCGGUGAAGGACGGGGGGGAGGGGGCGGCGGCGGAGUUGAGGGGCGCGAAGUGGGUGCAGAUGGGGGAGGAUGUGGUGGUUUGUGGGACGUUGGCGUGAUGAUGGAUGAUCUUGAGUUGGGAUGGAGAAUUGGCGGUGAGGAUAGCUUAUACCUACUCUAUAGGACAAACAGGAGGAGGAUAAUACGUGGGGAAAGCAAGUCCGGGUCAGAUGAUAGGAACGAAAAGGGUCUCACGAGCGUUAUAAUACCUCUGCUGUAUAAUAUGCAAUGCCGUGUCUCAAUUUGAGUUUCUCUACCCGG